AAAGGUUCUUCUUCCUCAAUCCUCACCAGAAUUAAAUGUCUCUACUCUUAGAACCCUAAUUUUUGUUUCCGAAGAAAAACAACAAUGUCCUCGUUCUUUGCAACUCCACAACCCCAACAAUCUCCGCCAUUGUUUCAGCCCCAACAACAACCUUUCCAGCAAAGCUACAGCCCUUUUUAUCAAUCCCAGCAGCAGCAGCAACAACAACAACAGCAACCACAGUUGCAGUUUCCACAACAGCAGCAGCAGCAACAACAACAACAGCAGCAGCAACAACCCCUUUUUCUUUUUACUAAUGACAAGACUCCUGCUAGUUACAGCACCAAAUGGGCUGAUCUCCAUCCUGAUUCUCAAAAAUUUCUGCUUCAAAUUGAGGAAAGGAUAUUGGAGUAUAGGGAUGAAAGCCAAAGGUUAGACCAGUGUACUCGCCUUUAUGAUUCUUCGGUUUCCAAUGAAGGCUUCGAGCUUGAUGCCAGCCACAUUGUUCAGGAACUUGGAGGAAUCAGUACUGCCAUGGAGAGGCAGAAAGCUUUGCUGCAGGAAUUGAUGAGUACUGUGAAAGAUAUGUUAAGGAACACAGAGGUUGCUGUUCGUUCUUUCAUGAUGCUUCGGCCACGGUUUGUUCAUUCAAACACAGGAGGUGCUUCAAAUGCCACUGCACCAUCCCAGGCUCCAGGGCCAACAACAACACCAGGUUCUGGUGCUCAACCAACUGCUGCAUCCAUGGUACCAGUUUUUGAUUUUUACCAUGGGCUUCCAAAGAAGCCUUCUCCCUUUCUACAGUAUACAGUUGCUAGAUUUGAGAAGUAUUUGGGUGAGUGCCGCCAGUGGAUUGAAGAGUUGGAACAACUUCUCCUUUUGAAUUCUGAUAGAAACUCUAUCAAUCACGCAUCCUCUUUGUUGCAAUCUCUUCCAAAAGUCAUGUCCAAUGUGCAUGACUUUUUUAUUCAUGUGGCUGCCAAGGUGGAGAGCAUUCAUCAAUAUAUUGAAUCGAUGAAAACAGCUUAUCUUGCUGAUCACCGUCACAGAGGAGAUGUUAAUGAUCCUUUUCUUGAGGCUGAUAGGAGAGAAACUGCCAAACAAGAAGCUGCUGCUAAGAGGGUACAUCCAACCUUGCAUUUACCUGCAAAUUCACAACCAUCAACUCAAGUUGCUGGCUUGUUUGCCAGCUCAGCAGCUCCUGCUGCAGCCUCUGCCCCACAGACUUCUGCAGCGACAUCAGCAGCUUCCUCGGGAGGUGGAUUGUCUCUUUUUAGUACACCGUCCUCUACUCCUGCUUCUUCCAUGUCAUCUUCUCUGUUUGCAACUCCAACUACAGGUGCUUCCAUCCAAACAUCCCUUUUCAGUUCCUCAUCGGGACCUCUCCUAGGAUCUGCAUCCACUCCCUCUCUUUUUGCUAGUACCGUACCAGCUUUCGGCUCUACUGCAUCUGCUGGAGGUUCACUUUUUUCAACACCAUUUGCAUCUGGUGCUCCAACAGGGUCUGGUGCUAGCUUCGGGGCUGCAUCUAAAUCAUCAAGGCCGAAAUCUCGGACUGCCCGGCGUUAGUCAUCAUAUCUUGAAUAUGGAAAUCCUGAAGCUACUCUCUGUUCACUGCGAUGAUCAUUUGAACAUGAAGGGGCCACAUGUUUCGUUUUGACAUUAUCUGUACCCAUUAUAUUCCUUUAAGUGCAAUGUCAUUAGCUCUUGAGUUCAAGGAUCUUGUAUGCACGUUGUUGAUAUCCAGGAAAACAAGAUUUUUAGCUUUGUCGAAUAUCCUGAUCUUAUUUUCAGUCAUUCCAGCAUUGAUUUGUUUGCUACAAGAUCCUUGUUACUGUAACAUUGUAGGAUUUUUUUUUCUCUUUUUUGAUAAGUAAUAUUUGAAACUA